AUGAGUGCUACUAGCGGCAAUGUAUUGAAGCCCUCUGCUGUUGGUACUAGAGGGGAUGCAGGUGUACUAUAUAAGAUGCAGAGACGCCAGCCUUUAUCAGUAGUACUUGCUGAAGAGCAUAGUAAUACUGACGAUGGAGAGGGAUCUCAUGGUCUCAAGAAGUACUGUAUAGCAUCAGCUGCAGUAGCACGAGGUUGGGCUAAUUAUGUACAAUGCUUCAUACGUGCUGCAUUUGGUGUAAUACUACCAUCAUGGAUGUAUGCUACACCUACUCAAUAUGGUAUCAUAUCAUUCUCCUUCCUAGCACCAACUCUAUGCGCUAUAUGUACUCUCAUAUGUUUGUCGGGUGUAAAGGAGAGUGCUACCUUCAGCUUUACUAUGGCAUGCCUUAAUGUUGCCUUGUUGCUAACCUUUUCUCUUUAUGGAUCAUAUAUGUACGGGGACGUUGGUAAUAUGGAUCCAUUCACCCUCCCUAGUGAUGUGGCAGUUGAUGGGGUCGGAGGCUUUGCAGGGGUACUACGUGGAUCUGGCCUAGCCUUCUUUUGCUGUGUUGGCUGGGAUGCUGUAUGUACAUUGAGUGAGGAGGUUAGGAAUCCUAAAAGGGAUAUACCAUGGGGCAUUAUGGGCACACUACUUAUCGUAGCACUAUUGUACUCUAUGCUAUGUAUUACCUUAUGCCUCAUGGUCCCGAUAGAGAGCAUCGAUUUGGAUGCACCAUUAGCUACAGCAUUCCAAUACCAUCAUGACAACUGGGGUUAUAUUAUAACAUCUCUGGCAGCUACAACCGUCUGUACUCCAAGUGUUAUGAGUGGUAUAGUAGGACAGCCUCGUAUCUGGUAUAGAAUGGCUUUGGAUGGCCUACUCUUCAAACCCCUAGCCAAACUUAGUGCCCAAGAUGUGCCUGUUGUGGGCACUACCAUAUGUGGUAUUAUUGCGACCCUACUAUCAGCCGUGUGCGAUUUUGAGCCCUUAGCUGGAAUGACCAGUUUUAGUACAUUGGCUAUGUUCACGCUGGUUAAUGGUGGUAUUAUAUUGACCCGAGCUGAGGAUAAUUCUGUGAGAGAUAGUAGUCAUCAUCAUCAUCCUUCUAUCUCAACGACCAACAUCACCUACUCCAUCUCUCUUUUUUUCAUCCUAUCGAUUGCCUUCCACUACGUUGCCCUGCUCCAUGGCUUCCUCACAUGUUCGGGCAUAGCCCUGGCAGCGCUCAACCUUGCCAGUUUAGCUUGGCUACUCUACGCCUAUUAUGCUGCUAUCGCACCCUAUGUCAAUAAGAGUAACAUCGAUGGACAUAGUGAGCCCCUCCUCGUCGGUAAUCAAAGAGAUAAGGAAGAUACAGCCGAAGAUGAUAACCAUUUCCGUUGCCCCUGGGUGCCUAUCCUACCCGCUGUCGCGAUAUGGGUUAACUGCUAUUUGAUGGCCUCUCUAGGUCUUCAGGCUCUGAUCAUGGUCACUGUCUGGCUCAUUCUCGGCAUCGUAGUGUAUCUAACCUAUGGUGCGAGGCAUAGUAAGCUGAACUGAUUGAUUACCAUUCCCAACCGUAAGGAUGAUAAUAUGCUUCGACGAAGGGAUGGUGAAGCAGUGUUCUAUACUGCCAAGGGACUGCUUGUCAGAGCAUCAUGCAAGUGGGUACAUCUCUGCAGUUUCUACAAGUACUAACUACAUCGAGCCUUAUGUAUAUCUAUAACAACUCUAUUACGCUCACUAUCAUCUGCUACAGUUCUGGUGUCCAUACAGCUAAUUCUGUUACAACACACUAUGUAGCUACCAUCUAUCGUACUGUCGUUUUCGUAUGAAAUCUCGAUCGUU